AUGAAUAAUAAUAAUAAUAAUAAUAAUAACGGUAUACCACCACCAAGUAACAAUGGAUCGCAAAGUAAUUUGACUCCCUCACAACAAUCCGUUUUUAGUGUACUAGGUAACAUUGGUACACCAGGAUUUAGUAUGUCUCAAUUACCCCUCCAAAUUCUUCAGAAUUUAACACCGGUUCAAUAUCAGAUGAUACAGCAAAAACAUCAACAAUUAUUAAUGCAGCGUCAAAACAUGUUUCAACAACAACAAUCAAAUGUUUCUGCUCCAGCUUCGGUUGCCACACCUAUUAAUGAUAUUAAAACGAAUGCUCAACAAUCUCCAAGGGCAUCUACAGGAGGCGCACAACAAUCAACAUCAUGGAUUGGUAACAGAACAACACCUGUUUCUACUAUGAGCAAUGACGUUCCGCAACAACAGCAACAACCGUUUUCUAUCACCACACCCAGUGUUAAUGAUAAUAACAACAACAUAUUAAUUAGCAAUCUUCCACCAAACCUACAAGCUCAAUUGGGACAAUUGCCACCUCAUUUACAACAACAAGUCAUAGAAACUUUAAGACAAAAACAAUUGCAGCAACAAAAGCAACAACAAGAACAACUGAAUGUGGGGAAUGCAACAUUGAAAAACAAUCAAUACAUUGAACCGCAUAGUAGUAAUCUUGCUACAUCUGGCAAUUUUGUCUCUGAUAAUAACUCUGCUCUUAGCACGAAAAACAAUAAAAGUAGCAACAAGAAUAAUAAGAAUAAGAAUAAGAACAAUAAGAAUGCUAAAAAUAAUUACCAGAAUACCUUACCACAAAAGCAUAACAUUGUUACCAAUGCUGCGGCUAUUAAAAAAACCAAGAUUAAAAACCCAGCCUCCAAUAAUGUUAUUCCCAAUGCUUUUGUUCCUACCAACAAUGUCGAAUCAGUUCUAUCACAACCACCAAAAAAAAGUAAGGCAAAACAACAAUCACAAGCAGGAAAUUAUAUGGAUAUUGAUAUGAAGGCUCUAAGGGCAAAAUUACCUAAGUUGGCGCCUUUGCCGAAAUAUCAAGUUGUUACUCAAGAUCCGCCAGAAAUUCACUUACCUGAUUCAUCUUCCUUUUGGUCCUCUAAACUUAAAAGUGGAUUAGAUGAAGAACCUAACACGGACUUGUUACUUUAUGAGCAAAUAGUUAGGAGAGAUAAAGAUAAUAUGCUGCAGAUGAUUAAAGAAAGAGAUGGAAUUCAACCUAUGAGUAAAUAUGGUUCUUCUAAUAAGGAAUAUAUUAAUAGAUUAGCCAAUGAUUUGAAUUAUUACAAAAAUUUAAAAGACAGCAGAAUAAAAUGCAUUACCAAUUCGAAUGCAAAUAUACCAACAAAAAGCAUAUGGGGCGAUGGGUUUCAAGGCUAUGGGAACGGUAUAAGUAAUACAAUAACGAAUAUUAUUCCGGGAGACUCUUUUAAAAUUAGAAAUAGGAAAAUACUUUAUGAUGAUAUUAAUAAAGUACACCAGCAGGCAAUGUCUGAAUUUCGAGAACAGCUAGUACCAAUUAGGUUAGAAUUUGAUGCUGAAAGAGAUAAAUUACAAUUAAGAGAUACCUUUUUAAUAAAUAAAUAUGAUGGGAUAACUUCUUUAAAAGAGUUAAUCGAUGAAACUUUAGACGACUAUAGAUUUCGUCCUAAUGAAUAUUAUUCCACCAUGUUAUUAAAUAGUAUCAAAGAACAAAUCCAAGAAUUCCAAGAGGACCCAUUUUUAAUUGAUCCAAGAGUGGGAGGUGAUGAUCUUAGAAUUCGCAUUAAAUUGGAUAUUAUAGUUGGGCAAGCUGAAUUGAUUGACGCCUUUGAGUGGGACAUAUCGAACCCGGAUAAUAACCCGGAGGAAUUUGCCAUAGAGAUGUGCAAAGAACUAAAGUUACCUAAUGAAUUUGUGACAGAAAUUUCCCAUUCGAUUAGAGAGCAAGUUCAGAUGUAUCAUAAAGCAUUAUUUUUAACUGGUUAUAAAUUCAAUGGAAAUGUAGUGGAAGAUGAUGAAAUAAGAAGCCGUUUGCAACCAUUUGUAACUUUAGAUUCUGUUUUGAGACCUGUGAAUGAUAUUAAAAUUUUUACACCAAAUCUUUUACAGAUUACAGCGGCAGAAUUAGAUAGAUUGGAUAAAGACAAGGACAGGGAUACUAGAAGGAAAAGAAGACAAGGUGGUAGAUCUAAAAGAAGUGGUAUGGAAAUAUUGAGUAAUAAUAUAGACAACGCUACUGCUGCUAAUAGCAUGGGCAAUAAUACACAUGAUGCACAACUAUUAGUUGGGAAUAAGAUUAAAGUUAACGAUAACGAUGAUGUGUAUCAAAUAACUGCAGCCUCUAUUCCUAGCUUUAUGCCAAUUAAUAUUUUUUUCAAUCCUACAGAUACCAAUAUGACUAGAAAUGGAAAUUUAUCGAACGAGCACGAAGAUAGUAUUUCUACACCCACCAGUAAUAACAUCAAUUUAAACAAUGAAAUAUUAGAUAAUAUUGAGAAUAUAGAUGGUUUAAUGCCUGACUUGGGUGAGAUACCAAAGACUUUUCGUACGCCAUUUCCAAGUACCAUAUUGCCAGGUGGUUAUGAUUUAGGACCGAAUGUUUUAUCGUACAAAUCAUUUUUUGAGGAAGUUGUUAAACAAAGGCCUGAUUCUAAAUGUAAAAUUAUAUCGAGUACAGAUGACGAAUUAAUUAUAAGGAUCAAGCUGAGCAGUGAAAUAUUAUGCAAGAUGAAUACUGUGGUUAAGUAUCCUAUGCUUGACACACCUCUCGUUGGUAACUGUAUGAAAAGCAGUGAAGAAAAUAGUAGAAGUAACAGCACUAUUAAUAAUUCAAGUAAAAUUGAAAAUAAACCGAUGGAAGAAGACGGCGAUGCGAAUUCUGUUUUAGUUUCAACAUCAUGUGAUACCACGACACAUGAAUUGGUUUCUAAUCCUGGUAAUAUUACAAUAAAAAAACCAGAUUCUAGCAACACAUCAGUAGUUGGACAAGAUGUGAGUCAAAUGGAUAAUAUGGGUACUCAAAAUACUGAUACUAACGGUAUAGUUGAAGAUAUGAGCUCAACAGUGAGUUUCUCUGCAUCUCAUUAA